CAAAAUAUCAUUAUAUAAAUCGGAGAUUCAUGAUGUGUAACCCAUAUUUGGAAAGUUGAACAAUGCUUUCUCGCGACUCUUCCCUCCUCCUUUUCCUUUUCUCCUUCCUCAUUACUAGUUUCGGAGCAUCUGCUCAGAAUUUUUCCUUAAUACAGAGUCACUGUAGAAAUCUAAGUACGACAAAUAUCUCUAGAAACAUCACUUUCUUGACCAAUCGCAGAACUCUUUUUGCCUCUCUCUCUUCCUCCGACGCCUCAUCAUACUCCACUGGAUUCCAAAACGCUACGGCGGGAGAAGCCCCUGACAUAACAACUGGUCUUUUCCUCUGCCGGGGAGACGUUACGACGGAAGUUUGCCGUAACUGUGUUGCCUUGGCUGUCAACGACACACUACGUCUGUGUCCGAAUGAGAGAGAAGCCGUGAUCUAUUACGACGACUGCAUGCUCCGAUACUCUGAACGGAAUAUUCUCUCGACCCUUUCAUACAAUGCCCCAUCGACCAUGUGGAACGGUAAUAUUUCAUCUAACCAAAAUCAAAUAUAUGGGUACGAAGAUUUGGUGUCGUCCGCAAUGAACAAAGCUGCCGUGGAAGCUGCGAACAGUUCUAGAAAGUUCUGUGCGAUGAAAGCAGAUUCGACCGCACUCCAGACUUUGUAUGUAUUGACUCAGUGCACUCCUGAUCUCACAAGAGUAGAGUGCUUGAGCUGUCUGCAAAACUCCAUCAAUGAAAUGCCUCUUUACAGAACUGGAGCAAGAUUUCUUUACCCUAGUUGUAAUUCAAGGUAUGAGCUUUACGUUUUCUACAACGAAACCGCCAUUACAAAACCACCACCACUGCUGCCUCCUGUAUCUACUCCUCCUCCGGUGUCAUCUCCUCCACGACCUGGGAAAGGAGGGAUUUCAAACGUGUUAGUGGUAGCCAUUGUGGUGCCUAUUACAGUGACUGUUGUGCUUUUCAUUGCUGGUUAUUGCUUCCUUGCAAAGAGGGCAAAGAAGACUUCCGGUCCUGCUGCACCAGCCUUUGAUGCAGGAGAUGAUAUUACAACCAUAGAGUCCCUGCAACUUGGUUAUAAAAUAAUUCAAGCUGCAACAAACAAUUUUUCAGAAAAUAAUAAGAUUGGUCAAGGUGGAUUUGGUGAGGUUUUCAAGGGUACACUUUCAAAUGGGACUGAUGUUGCGGUGAAGAGAUUAUCAAAAUCAUCAGGACAAGGUGACACGGAGUUCAAGAACGAGGUUGUUCUUGUUGCAAAGCUUCAGCAUAGAAAUCUGGUUAAGAUUUUUGGAUUUUCUAUUGAACGAGAAGAAAGGAUCUUGGUGUACGAGUAUGUGCCCAACAAAAGCCUUGAUUACUUCCUCUUUGACCCUGAAAAGCAAGGUGAGCUGGACUGGACUCGACGAUACAUGAUCAUUGGAGGGAUUGCUCGUGGGAUUUUAUAUCUUCAUCAAGAUUCACGGCUCACAAUCAUACACCGUGACCUCAAAGCAGGUAACAUUCUCCUGGAUGAAGAUAUGAAUCCAAAAAUUGCUGAUUUUGGAAUGGCAAGGAUCUUUGGAAUGGACGAAACCCAGGCAAGCACAAGCGUAAUAGUUGGUACCUUCGGUUACAUGUCUCCUGAAUAUGCGAUACAUGGCCAGUUUUCAGUGAAAUCUGAUGUCUAUAGCUUUGGGGUGUUAGUUCUUGAGAUUAUAAGCGGUAAGAAAAACGACAGCUUCUACGACACAGACGGCGCACAUGACUUGGUUACAUAUGCUUGGAAGCUUUGGAGCAAAGGAACACCAUUAGACCUUGUGGAUCCAAUUGUUAUAGAUAAUUGCCAAAAGAGUGAAGUGGUCCGAUGCAUCCAUAUCGGUCUUUUAUGUGUUCAAGAAGAUCUUGUAGAGCGCCCGAUCAUGUCAACCAUCUUUGUGAUGCUCACUAGUAAUACCGUAACUUUACCAAUGCCUCAGCAACCAGGGUUUUUCGUUCAGAAAAGACCUGAAAGUGACCAGUGUGUUUCAGGGUCUGUUGACGAUGCACCGAUCACUGAUCUAUAUCCCCGUUGAAUAUGGUGUUAAAAAAAUUAUCGCUGAAUUAUGGAAUUUAGGUUUCAUUUGGAUUUUGAUAGCAAUCGAUCACAAGCUUGAAUUAUGGAAGUCAACCGAUUUGUGGUUGGAGUAAAUUAUUGUGAGAUAAAUAAGAAUGAUGAGAGUUUCCAAAUUUGUUA